AGUGGAAGGAACAGAGUCAAAAGGAGAGGGCACCCACAAGGAUCAGAGAGAGGAAGCAGCAGAAAGAGAGGCUGGAGUCAUUCUGCUGCGGGCUUGGCUGCAUUUCCCCAAUGAAGCUGAGGUGUUCAGGGAAAAAGGACCAUGAAGCUCCAGGUGGCUCUGCUUCUUCUCUGGUUCCUGUGCUGUAUCCCUGAGAGGUCGGCCAAGGACCUGAGAGGCUCCGGAACAGUGACUGGCCUGGUUGGGGGCUCCCUGACUGUCUGGUGCCGGUACCAGGAGGGAUGGGAGUCAUCUGAAAAAUACUGGUGUAGAGGAAAAGUCUGGGAAUCCUGCACCAUCAUCAUCAGCACCUCAAAGUCCGGGGGGGAGAGGAGGAACGGCCGAGUGUCCAUCAAAGACAACCACCAGGGACACAUAUUCACGGUGACCAUGGAUCGCCUCCAGGAAGGGGAUGCAGGCAUAUAUUGGUGUGGAAUGAAGAGUAUAUGGCUGGACCCCAAACAUCUAGUCAAUGUGACCAUUUCCCCAGGAAGAGUGAUGACCACACACAUCACCCAGAUGACAUCGGGCACACAUGACUCCCUGACUGGGUUCGAUCUCUCCAGGCUAGAAGUCCUGCUUCCCCUGGUGUUUGUGGUUCUCCUGGCUGUGUUGUUGGGGGUCUCCCUCUUGGCAUGGGGAAUGGUGCGGAGGCAGAGGAAGGUCACAGGAAGGUCUGCAACAACCCUGAAGCUGCAGGGCCUGAAGCCUUCUAACAGUGCCCUGAGCCACACGGAUCUGCUGACCGACCAGAGAACGCCCACCACCCCCAUUGCAGACCCCUACGGGGACAAGGUGACUUCGGCUCUGCCUUCUCUGCUCCCCAGUGCCUGUGAGGAAAUGGAAUACGUUACCAUGGUUUCAUUCAGGAGAGAAGAUGUUCCCGGUGCCCCAGGGUCCACCUCAGACCAGGCCCCGAUCUAUGGCAAUGUGGGGCCCCUCACUCACUUUGCCCACCCUAGGAACGCUGCUGGGGAAGCAGAGUACACCUUUGUACGGAAGGGCUAGGCUGCCCAGGAGUGGUGGCCUUUUCCUCUCCCAGACGUGUCCCCUUGUCCCCACCCCCAUUGCCUUUCUGCCUCCUCCCUGCUGGCUUGGGAACAGAGGCUCCUAACAAUACAAUGCAAGCCCCCAGUCUGAGCCAUGCUCCCUCUCUCCAUCCCGGGUUCCCAGCACCCACAGAAAGAGGCCCCAGGGCCACGUGGCCUGGUGGAUAGGCCCAGGACCAGAGGGCAUGGGACCCAAGUUCAAGGCCUAGCUCUGCCUCUAGACUGCUGGGUGACUUUGGGCAAGUCACUUAAUCUCUCUGGGGAUAAAAUCUCUAAACUCUCUCCGUCAGUCAAUCCAUUGUAUUUAUCGAGCACUUGCAAUGUGCAGAGCACUAUACUAAGUGGUUGGGAGAGUGCAAUA